GGCGAAUUCUCCAGUUCCCACAACAACAGGAGAGGAGGGAAGAGAAGCCGCCACCAAGAACCUUAGGCCCUUGGGGCAGCCGACCUCCCUCUCUCUCGGCGCCCGCCGGCGGGUUACAUAACGGACCGCGGGACGCGUUCUCGCGAGAUUUCCACCGCCCCCCUCCUCGCUCCACGUCAGAAGGAACCGGGCGGAGCGGCCAACAUGGCGGAACGCAGGCGACACAAGAAGCGGAUCCAGGAAGUUGGUGAACCAUCUAAAGAAGAGAAGGCUGUAGCCAAGUAUCUUCGAUUCAACUGUCCAACAAAAUCCACCAAUAUGAUGGGUCACCGUGUUGAUUAUUUUAUUGCUUCAAAAGCAGUGGAUUGCCUUUUGGAUUCCAAGUGGGCAAAGGCCAAGAAAGGAGAGGAAGCUUUAUUUACAACAAGGGAGUCUGUGGUUGAUUACUGCAACAGGCUUUUAAAGAAGCAGUUUUUCCACCGGGCUUUAAAAGUAAUGAAAAUGAAGUAUGAUAAAGACAUAAAAAAAGAAAAAGAUAAAGGAAAAGCUGAAAGUGGAAAAGAAGAGGACAAAAAGAAUAAGAAAGAAAAUAUAAAGGAAGAAAAGACAAAAAAGGAAAAAGAGAAAAAAAAAGAUGGUGAAAAGGAAGAAUCCAAAAAAGAGGAAACUCCAGGAACUCCCAAAAAGAAGGAAACGAAGAAAAAAUUCAAACUUGAGCCACAUGAUGAUCAAGUUUUUCUGGAUGGAAAUGAGGUUUAUGUGUGGAUCUAUGACCCAGUUCACAUUAAAACAUUUGUCAUGGGAUUAAUUCUUGUGAUUGCAGUUAUAGCAGCCACACUCUUCCCUCUUUGGCCAGCAGAAAUGAGAGUAGGUGUUUAUUACCUCAGUGUGGGCGCAGGCUGUUUUGUAGCCAGCAUUCUUCUACUUGCUGUUGCUCGUUGCAUUUUGUUUCUCAUCAUCUGGCUCAUAACUGGAGGAAGGCACCACUUUUGGUUCUUGCCAAAUCUGACUGCUGACGUGGGCUUCAUUGACUCCUUUAGGCCUCUAUACACACAUGAAUACAAAGGACCAAAAGCAGACUUAAAGAAAGAUGAGAAAUCUGAAACCAAAAAACAGCAGAAGUCCGACAGUGAGGAAAAGUCAGACAGUGAGAAAAAGGAAGAUGAGGAGGGAAAAGUAGGACCAGGAAAUCAUGGAACAGAAGGCUCAGGUGGAGAACGGCAUUCAGACACAGACAGUGACAGAAGAGAAGAUGACCGAUCCCAACACAGUAGUGGAAAUGGGAAUGAUUUUGAAAUGAUUACAAAAGAGGAACUGGAACAGCAAACAGAUGGGGAUUGUGAAGAAGAGGAGGAAGAAGACAAUGAUGGAGAGAUACCUAAAUCUUCACAUGAAAAAUCAUAAUUCGACUAAUUUUGGGAACUGAUUAAGGGCAAGAGGUUGGAUUUUCUAUGUUGGCUGAUCAUCAUAAUGUACACAUCUUAUUUGUAGCAUUCUUUAUAUCCAUUUACUGAAAUGUAUUUGACAUCCAAGCAGUUAUUCAGUUCAUUUUAUAGAGUAUUGGUACUACUAUUGGUACAGUCUAAAGCCAUUAAUAAGUUUAUCCAUUUGAUAAUUUAACAGUAAGUAGGUCUUAUUCAUUUUGAUAGUUAUCAAAGAUGCAUUUUCCACAAUGACAUUUAGAUUAAGGGCAUUUUUGAUAGUUGUAUGGCUUUUUACUGUUAGACUAAUCAAAAUAACUUUAGAAGGAAUAAAGAAAUUGCAACGUUUCAGAUUAUGCAGAGUUAUAUAGCCAUUUCACAGUUUCUUUAGAAUGAAAUGCGUAACACUUUGUUCUUGAUAGUUUGCUUUUGUUUUUCAUCAUAAAAUUAUCCAGGAAAUUUCUUAAGAUUCUGAGUUAGCAGGGUUCAAAAGCAUUUCGUGGAAACAAGCCAACUAAUAACAAUGCAGCAGCACUUCUAGUUUAGCUGCAAAUUCUCCUUUUCCAACUUAGGAAAUCCAAACUGAUUUGUACGUUUGAUUCAGAGAAAGAUGGUCAUCUCCAGUAGAGAACAUGAACAGCAUUGGUUGGAAGGUGAUGGCUCUCCUACCUUCUUCCCCAUCUCCUUGUAACGUAAAGCGUAUUCUGUAUAUAAUUUACGAAUAAAACAUUUUAUUUUAAUUGUUACUUAUUAUUUAGACAUUUCUCAACACUUAAAUUUGUAAAAUUAAGACCAUGUAAGGGUAUGUUUUUAGAGAAGUGAAAGUUUCGAUAACCCACAGAACACCUGUGAUCUUUCUACAGCAGCUUCAGUUUUGUGCCAACAUUCCAUGUAUUUGAAUAUGAGUAAAAACUGAUCCUUAUUAAAUAUAAGAGCAGACUUAAAAGUAGCUGUUUGUAAGCCUUAAUGUUCAUUUUGUUUUAUUUUAAAACUUUACAUUCAGAAAUGGGGGUACUGUAUUACCAGACCAGGAGGCCCUGCUGUGAAAGAUAAUUUACUGUUCUAAAAUAUCAAUUUAAAAUAAAGGCUAUAAAAGAAAA